AUGACUGUUACUGAGUAUACUAAUAAGUUUGAAGAACUGUGCCGGUUUUCUCGUAUUUGUCAAGGUGCUGAGGGGUCAGAGACACUGAUCAGAGGUAGUGGUAAGAUAGCCGGUAAAGUUUUAAGUGCACUGUUUGAUUCUAGAGCAAUGCAUUCAUUCAUUGCAUUUGAGAAGGCUGAUGAAUUAGGAUUGAAAAUAGUGGUCUGGGAUUAUGAUUUAAAGGCAUAUAAUAUUACCCAUGAAUCUAUGAAAUCAGUGUGCUUUAUGCCAGAGGAUACAGAAGGGCCGGUUGUGGCGAAUAGCUACUAUUUGAACUCUAUGACAGUAAAUUAUUCUGGGAUUGAAUGCCAGGGUAUCAUGCUAUUAACUGCGAGUGUUUUGGGUGAUGAUCAAAGUUUGGAGCAGAUUUCGGUUGUUUGUGAGUUCCCAGAGGUGUUUUCGGAUGAUAUUGAUGAAUUUCCACCUAACCGAGAGGUUGAAUUUGCAAUUGAGUUGGUGCCUGGAGCCGGUUCGAUCUCGAGUGCUCCUUAUAGGAUGUCACCUCUAGAAAUGGCCGAGUUGAAGGUUCAACUGGAAGAUCUAUUUGAUAAACGCUUCAUUUGA